AUGGGAAGCCAAAUGAAGAAGCAAUUGUCUCAACUUGCUUGUGCUUUGGCAUUUUUCUUGAUUGCGACAUGCACUAUGGCAUAUGCACCUAAUCCUUAUGAAUCACCAACUUCAACGUACAAUAAAGCACCACAAUUGUCCAAACAUGACUAUGAAGUACCUUCAGUGUCUAAACAGGAAUACAAGGCGCCUUCUUUGUCAAAAAAUGACUAUUACAAGAAGCCAUCAAUUCCAGAAUAUAACAACAAGAAGGUGCCAUCUAUUCUAAAAGAUAACGACUAUAAGGUACCCUCAAUGCCUAAACAGGAAUACAAGGCUCCAUCUUUGCCAAAGAAUGACUACUACAAGAAGUCAUCAGUUCCAGAAGAUAACUACAAGAAGGCGCCAUCUGUUCCAAAAGAUAGCUCCUACAAGGUACCCUCAGUGCCUAAACCGGAAUACAAGACGCCAUAUUUGCCGAAGAAUGACUACUACAAGAAACCAUCAGUUCCAGAAGAUAACUACAAGAAAGUCCCAUCUGUUCCAAAAGAUAACUCAUACAAAGUACCCUCAGUGCCUAAACCGGAAUACAAGGUGCCAUCUUUGUCGAAGAAUGACUACUACAAGAAGCCAUCAGUUCCAGAAGAUAACUACAAGAAGGUGCCAUCUGUUCCAAAAGAUAGCUCCUACAAGGUACCCUCAGUGCCAAAACCGGAAUACAAGAUGCCAUAUUUGCCGAAGAAUGACCACUACAAGAAACCAUCAGUUCCGGAAGAUAACUACAAGAAAGUGCCAUCUGUUCCAAAAUAUAACUCAUACAAAGUACCCUCAAUGCCUAAACUGGAAUACAAGGCGCCAUCUUUGUCGAAGAAUGACUACUACAAGAAGCCAUCAGUUCCAGAAAAUAACUACGAGAAGGUGCCAUCAGUUCCAAAAGAUAACUCAUACAAGGUACCCUCAGUGCCUAAACCAGAAUACAAGGUACCAUCUUUACCCAAGAAUGACAACUACAAAAAACCAUUAUCUUCCUCUCCACCACCCUACUACUAUAAUUCACCUCCUCCUCCUUCACCAUCACCACCACCUCCUUACCAUUAUUAAUCAUCUUCAACUCCUUCUCCCUUACCACCUUCUCCACAUUAUUAAAUUUUCAUCUUGCAUAUUCAACAUGUUUCCCAAGUUAGCCCUUCUUUCACUAGCACAGCAUCCAGGAUCUCUCUCGUGAGAUGGGGGCAUGAUAUCAAAAUUUGUUAUUCUUCAUUUGUUGCUUUGUUUAAUCCGUUUUUGGAGUUGCAAUUGUUUUGUCAUUUAAGUUGUACUUUGAAUGUUUCCAGAUAAUUACUUCAAUUGAUUCUUUAUUGAGAGUCGUUUAUGUACUAAUUACAU